CCUCCCAGCGCCAGGCCAGCGUGGGAAUCCCGACGCGCGCCUUUCCCCGUCCUGAGCGUGAUCGCUGGCCGCUGCGCCGAGCGCCCUGCAGCCGCCUCGAUCUUGCUUUCUGAUCUCACCACCCCGGCCAACACGGAUUUGUUUCCGCGAACGUUUUGCGCCUCGCCUCGCUGCUGGCCACGACAACGACGAGCUCGCCAUCCCAUUCAGACGCAAGCAUAGGCGGCACGGCGCAUCCAGGGUCAGCACAGCUCCGACGGACGCCGUUUCCUCCCCGCUUUAGCUCAGUCGCUACCGUCAGGCCGAUAGACGAGUGUCACCGACAACGCCGAGACUAGGAGGGCACAGGGAAGAGACACCGACGAGGGCGGGUCAGACGACGGAGACCGGAGCUUGAAGGAGCCUAGCAGACACUGCUCGGCCGCGCGCCACUAUCGCCAUGUUAACCCACAUCCCAUUCCCCAUUCUGCCGGCGCCGCCGUCAUGGUUCCCGGGUCAUAUGCUGCAGUUCCAGCGCAACCUGCCGCAGCUGCUCACGCGUACGGACGUCGUGCUCGAGCUGCGCGACGCGCGCUUACCGCUCACGAGCAUCAACCGCAAGUUUGAAGGAGUUUUGCAGACCUGGCGGCGUGAACGUGGUGCAAUCCCCACGCCACCGCCCACGGGCGAAGCCGGACCUUCCGCUCUACCAGCGACUCCCCGCCCUACCGGCAGCGGUCUCCUAUGCGAGCGCAUAGUCGUCUUCAAUAAACGCGACUUGGUUCCCGAAUGGGGCAUCGAGCCAUUCAAAAGGGCCAUGGCCGCGAAAUAUCCUGACCAGAGGGUCUUCUUCGCAUCAUGGAAUAAGACGCGCGACAUCAAGGCGCUGAAUGAGCUGCUCGUCGGUAUCGCGAAACACACUCCGCAUGCGCCCGAAAUGAAUGUCCUCGUCGUUGGCAUGCCUAACGUCGGGAAGUCAACGCUGCUGAAUGCCCUUCGGAAUAUCGGGAUCGCGGGUCCUACGCCGAAGGCACUGCGCACUGGGGCACAUCCUGGAAUCACUCGCUCGCUUUCUACACGCUUGAAGCUCUCGAUUGACCCUCUCGUCUAUGCAUGGGACAGCCCCGGCGUGAUGCUGCCGUUCCUUGGUAAGGGCGAGAGUGGUGCGGAACGCGGGGUCAAGCUUGCGCUCAUAGCUGGCAUCAAGGAGGGCUUAUAUGACAUUGAUGCGCUAGCUUCCUACCUACUCUACCGACUCAAUGUCCUCGACCCUAUCUCCCCUGCCUACUUGAAGAUCCUUCCGCCAGGAACCCAGCCGCUAACCGACGUGUACGAAUUCCUCGAUAUUCUCGCAAAACGACUGGGCAUGCUCCGGAGGGGUGGCAUCCGCGACACCGCCCGCGCCGCCGUCUGGUUCGUACAAUGGUGGCGCAACGAGGGCGGGUUUGUUGCCGCAGCCACGGAGCAUGCAGCCGUGAGAGGCUGGGGCUUUGAUUUUCAGUGGGACCUCGCCAAUCCAUCCGACUCCGACAAGUCCGCCGGUGCGGUGGCGCCCUCCGACGCGACUGCGGUCGGGUCGGACAAGAGCCAGGAACGGCCCGACGAGGCGGUGAUCCAGGCGCGAAUGGAGGCCUGUAUAGAGCGGUUUGAGCGGGGGGUAGACGGGGAGGAGGAUGACGGGUCCAACGUCAGCAAGACGCAGGAAAAGAAGCAGGCCCGCACGGAGUUACUCGCAAAAAGGAAGGCGAAGGCGGAGAGAAGGUGGGCGAAAAAGGUGGGCGGUGUAUAGGUAUGCACCGACUGGUGAUACAUUACUACGUUGGUUAUUUCGAUAUGCUGCUGAUCAAGUGCUCUAUCAUCUGGAUAUUCGGAAAACUGUCUGCGGAUGUAUCCGCAAAAAUCUCGAGUCGAACGGCCUUCGAUUAAAGGACCCUUCUUACCUCGUCAUUGUGCGCGCAGAACCUUCGUUACCACAACGGAGAAAAUGCCAACGGAUUUUGUAGCUCACUUGAAUGGCCCGACCUACCUCGUUCACUAGCAUGGCUACCUAGCAGCCCGAGCAAUCGCGGCACCCGUGCUGAUUUGUUUUGCGGCGACACUAUAGUUUGCACAUCCUCAACAAAUUUUUAAUCGGAAGCACCGCAAGCAAAACUCAGUGUUCAGUUCG